AUGUCACUUACCACUCUCCCUGCAGAGAUACUGCUUCUUAUACUUGACUGCAUUGACCUACCCGAAACCCUGAGGAAUUUCUGCUUGCUGUCGGCGAGAUUCCGCGCCAUCGCCCAACCCCUCCUUUAUCGAGAAAUCACCCUCGCACCGGAGGACCUUUCACUUUCGCUUUUGCUCCUCUGUCGCACGAUAACGACGUGUCCGCUCAUCGCUUCUCAGGUCAGAUCUCUUGAUAUCGAUACUGAGCAGCCCAUUGACCUGGAUGAAACCGAGCGCCCUGAACGGCGCGGGUUAUCAAAACACGACACCAGGUUUUUGAAAUGCGAAGCCCAAAAACUCAACAUCGGUAGUAUAGAACUGUUUGACUCUGUAUCCUGGGCAACAGAUUCGAUAAUUCUGUCAUUAUUAUUGAUCUCCCGCUCCCCCAACCUCAGGGAGCUCUUCAUCAAUCUUGACCCUGCGGGCCUUUCGCUCCUGACUAGUCUAGCACAGGCGCGAACCGCAGACAAUCUCAGCUGCUUCCGAGAUUUACACGGCAAUGGAAUUGAUAUCAGAAACAUCACUCUGCUUCUUUCCUUUCUUCAUCUGAGUAAGAUCCAAAUUAGCCACUACGAUUCCACUUGCGGUCUUGAUGAAACGGAUGCAUGUAAUCCGGUACAGACAGCGCCCGAUGUGCCUCUAGGAUCCCUUUCUGUCUCAGCUAUAUCCCUUCACCGCAGCUCCAUCAAUACAUCAGAUAUGGGCACGCUAGUAAACUCAUGCAAGGAGCUAGACAGCCUGUACUACGGGCAAUGCAACUCGCAGGCUAUACAUCUGAAUCCUGAACAGCUGCACUCGCAGCUCCUAUUCCAGCGAGACAGCCUCAGAGUUCUACAGCUCUCAUAUGAGGAUGACUCGCUAGGAACCGGGCCAUCGCCAGCCUUCACGCCACCCCACUUCGGCUCCCUACUGGGAUUGGAUCACCUGGAGUCCCUAACAAUCGAUCAAAUAUAUCUCAAUGCUGCGCCAGAGUUCCCACCCUCGCUUACUCGUCUAUCAAUCCAAAACUGUCAGACCCCGAUUGGAGGAUUGAUGAUCUACCUCGCGAAUCUUGCCUCAACCGGCCGCUUCCCCAACUUGAAGAAUGUCUUUUUGCACAGCGAUGACAUAUAUCCUGGACGCAUGCUCGAUUUGCCGCGGCGAGGCGCGACGGAUGUUUUGUUUCAUGAAGCCUGCCGGGGGUUACUGGGGAUUUUCAACGGGACGAACGUCACCCUUCGCUUGAAUAAGGAUCUGCUUAGGGGUACUGUCCGCGGGUAUGCCGAUGCGUUUGAGUUUGGCCUGCCUGGUGUAUAUUGGCCGUUUGUUUAUAUGUUGUAA